CUACUUCCCCCUCGUAUUUAUAUCCCCUCGCUGAUCCCCCUGGAUUUAUUUUUUUGAUUCAUAUUCACUCAACUCAAUUCCUCAAAACUCAAUUCCCUCCCAAAACUCUCUCUCUCUCUCUCUCUCUUACUCAAAACUACAACACCACCACCAUGCCUAUCCCCGUCCCCUCCGCCAACAGCCUCAUGGACCUCUUCAGCCUCAAGGGCAAGGUCGUCAUCAUCACCGGUGCCUCCGGACCCCGCGGAAUGGGCAUUGAAGCCGCCCGCGGCUGCGCCGAGAUGGGGGCCGACGUGGCCAUCACCUACGCCUCGCGGCCCGAGGGGGGCGAGAAGAACGCGGCGGAGCUGGCCAAAACCUACGGGGUGAAGGCGAAGGCGUACAAGUGCGACGUGGGCAACUACGAGAGCGUGCAGCAGCUGGUGGACGCGGUGAUCGCGGACUUUGGCCACGUGGACGCCUUCAUCGCCAACGCGGGCCGCACCGCCAACAGCGGCAUCCUCGAGGGCUCCGUCUCGGACUGGGAGGAGGUCAUCCAGACCGAUCUGAACGGGACCUUCCACUGCGCCAAGGCGAUUGGCCCGCACUUCAAGAAGCAGGGCAAGGGCAGCUUCGUCAUCACCUCCAGCAUGUCCGGUCACAUCGCCAACUUCCCGCAGGAGCAGACCUCCUACAAUGUCGCCAAGGCGGGGUGCAUCCACAUGGCGCGCUCGUUGGCGAACGAGUGGCGCGAUUUCGCCCGCGUGAACAGCAUCUCCCCCGGCUAUAUCGAUACGGGGCUGUCGGAUUUUGUCGAUAAGAAGGUGCAGGAUCUGUGGAUGAGCAUGAUCCCCAUGGGUCGCAAUGGCGAUGCCAAGGAGUUGAAGGGCGCUUAUGUCUAUCUCGUCUCUGAUGCUAGCUCGUACACUACGGGCGCGGAUUUGUUGAUUGAUGGGGGUUACUGCGUGCGGUAAAUUCAUCCUCGGCUUGGGUUUUCUCUGGUAGAAAAGAGGGGGUGCUGGAUACCUUAGUAUUUACUCACGGUUUUAAUGAUGAUAUCAUAUGAGAAAAAUGAAUACGAGAUUCACUUCA